AUGUCAACAGAGACAUCACACAAAGAUGAUGCAAAAGUACCUUUGUUGCAACCAAGAUCCACCUCCGCUGUCCAGACGAACGGGACGACAGAAUCAGUUCAUGAGGAAGAUGAUCAACGCCUGACACGAAGGGUUUUUGUUGAAUCCAAGAAGUUAUGGAGAAUUGUGGGCCCAGCCAUCUUCGGCCGCAUAGCUUCGUAUUCAACCAUCGUCGUGUCCCAAGCUUUCGCUGGCCAUCUCGGAGAUCUCGAGCUCGCUGGCUUUUCAAUUGCCACCAGUGUCAUCAAUUCCUUCAACUAUGGCUUUUUUUUAGGGAUGGCAAGUGCAUUGGAAACACUAUGCGGCCAAGCUUACGGUGCGAAGAGAUAUUCCAUGUUAGGAAUAUAUCUCCAACGUUCCUGGAUCGUGCUUUUGUUAUGUGGCAUUUUGACUUUGCCAUUGUACAUAUUUGCAACCCCGAUUCUGAAGCUGCUCGGACAACCGGAUGAUGUUGCUGAAAUUUCUGGGACCGUGGCCUUGUAUCUGAUACCACUUCACUUCAGUUACACUCUUUCAUUCCCGCUGCAGAGGUUCUUGCAGAGUCAACUUAAGAAUUAUGUGACUGCUUUAGUCCAAUUUGGUUCUUUUUUGAUACAUGUGAUGUUGAGCUGGCUGGUUGUGUCUAAGUUUAAGCUCGGAUUGGUGGGCGCUGCCGUCGUUUUGAACAUUUCUUGGUGGUUUAUGGUUGUCGGCUUGCUGGUUUAUUGUCUUUGUGGAGGAUGUCCUCAAACGUGGACCGGGUUUUCUGUUGAAGCAUUCUCCGGCCUGUGGGAGUUUCUAAAGCUGUCUGCAUCUUCCGGCGUCAUGCUAUGUUUGGAGAGUUGGUACUAUAGGAUACUGACGGUGAUGACUGGAAAUUUGCCCAACGCUAAAAUAGCUAUUGAUGCUCUGUCGGUAUGCAUGAACAUCAACGGAUGGAUUACGAUGAUUCCAAUUGGAUUCUUCGCCGGAACAGGAGUAAGGGUUGCAAAUGAAUUGGGAGCUGGAAAUGGAAAAGCAGCCAAAUUUGCGUCAUUAGUGUCAGUAAUACAAAGUAGCAUGAUUGGUCUGUUUUUCUCGAUCAUUAUAAUUUUCUUCCACAAUGAACUGGCCCUCAUUUUCACGGAAAGCCCAGCUGUUUUAGAGGCCGUCCAUAAUCUUUCACUCUUCUUAGCUUUCACCAUUCCCCUCAACAGCGUGCAAUUCAUCCUCUCAGGGGUUGCUGUGGGUUCUGGAUGGCAAGCAUAUGUGGCAUACAUAAAUUUGGGUUGCUACUAUUUACUUGGAGUGCCUUCUGGGCUUAUUAUGGGAUGGCUCUUCCAUUUUGGAGUUAUGGGAAUAUGGGCCGGGAUGAUAUUAGGCGGAACUGCGGUUCAAACUAUAAUACUGGCUACCAUCACGGCUAGGUGUGAUUGGGAAAAGGAGCCUCGACAAGUAGUUCAUGAGGAAGAUGAUAAACAACACCUUACACGGCGGGUUUUGGUUGAAUCCAAGAAGCUAUGGUCAAUAGUCGGCCCGGCCAUCUUCGGUCGCAUAGCUUCAUAUUCAACCAUCGUUGUUUCCCAAGCUUUCGCUGGCCACCUCGGAGAUCUCGAACUUGCUGGCUUUUCCAUUGCCACCGGUGUCAUCAGUUCCUUUAACUACGGUCUUUUCUUAGGGAUGGCAAGUGCAUUGGAAACUCUAUGUGGACAAGCUUACGGAGCGAAGAGAUAUUCCAUGUUAGGAAUAUAUCUACAACGUUCCUGGAUCAUUCUUUUUUUAUGUGGCAUUUUGACUUUACCAUUGUACAUAUUCGCAACUCCGAUUCUGAAGCUGCUCGGACAACCGGACGAUGUUGCUGAAAUUUCUGGGACCGUGUCCUUGUAUCUGAUACCACUUCACUUCAGUUACACUCUUUCAUUCCCGUUACAGAGGUUCUUGCAGAGUCAGCUUAAGAUGUAUGUGACGGCUUUGGUCCAAUUUGGUUCUUUUCUGAUACAUGUGAUGUUGAGCUGGCUGGUUGUUUCUAAGUUUGAACUUGGAUUGGUUGGCACUACCGUGGUUUUGAACAUUUCCUGGUGGUUUAUCGUUGUUGGCCAUCUGGUUUACUGUCUUUAUGGAGGAUGUCCCCAAACCUGGACCGGGUUUUCUGUUGAAGCCUUCUCCGGCCUGUGGGAGUUUCUUAAGCUUUCUGUAUCUUCCGGGGUGAUGCUAUGUUUGGAGAGUUGGUACUAUAAGAUAUUGACGGUGAUGACUGGAAAUCUGCCCAACGCUAAAAUAGCUAUUGAUGCUCUCUCUGUAUGCAUGAACAUCCAAGGAUGGAUUAUUAUGAUUCCGUUUGGAUUCUUCGCUGGAACAGGAGUUAGGGUUGCAAAUGAAUUGGGAGCUGGAAAUGGGAAAGCAGCCAAGUUUGCUUCAAUAGUGUCAGUAAUUCAAUGCACCAUGAUUGGUCUGUUUUUCUUGGUUAUCAUAAUUUUAUUCCCCAAUGAAUUGGGUCUCAUUUUCACUGAAAGCCCGGUAGUUUUAGAGGCCGUCCAUAAGCUUUCACUCUUGUUAGCUUUCACCAUUCCCAUCAACUGCGUGCAAUUCAUCCUUUCAGGGGUUGCGGUGGGUUCUGGAUGGCAAGCAUACGUGGCAUACAUAAACUUGGGUUGCUACUAUUUACUUGGAGUGCCUUCUGGCCUUAUUAUGGGAUGGCUUUUCCAUUUUGGAGUUUCGGGAAUAUGGGCCGGAAUGAUAGGCGGAACUGCGGUUCAAACCAUAAUAUUGGCAAUCAUCACAGCUAGGUGUGAUUGGGAAAAGGAGGCAGAGAAAGCUAAGACUCACGUGGAAAAGUGGGAAGGAAGAACCCGCAUUUCGAAAUAG